AUGCUGUCUAACACUACAGUCUCAUCCCUCGUCGACAUCGACCGGCCUCUUUGCAAUAGAAUCAGCUCUAUCGGCGUCCCUGUUGGUGAAUUGCCAUGUACCUUGGACACCAUCAAACCCCUCCUCAAGCAUGAGCUGCAAUCCUGUGUUAUUCACGAGGGUGUCAGCAACACAGUUCAAGAGCAGUUCAAGACCUCCAUUUUCAACCAAAUCGUUCCUCGAACCAAAAUUGAGGUAGAAAGCCUUAAAUUGAUCAAGUACAAUAGGCUUGCAGGACCAGAUGCAUACACUAGCAAGGGAUGGAAAUUCAACCGCAGAAAACAAGUCAAGCGGACUGAAGAGUGUGACUCAGAGACCGAUGGACUGGAGGAUGAUGAAGGCUCAGCCACAGAGAUCGAUGGGGACGACAACGACAAUGAUGAUGAUGUUGAUGAUAGUACAGAUAAUGGCAGUGGCUCAAAGCUCAACUAUGAGGACACUUUCAAUGCCCAGAAGCCUGAUUUAUCCCUGUUCGACUUCGCGCUCCUGAAGGAAAAGAAGUCAUGGGCAAAUGUCCUGGCCUUCAUGGAGCACACCUCCUCUGAUCUUUCCAAGAACAGAGGUUUAGCAGUGUAUUGGGGGUCAGCAAUCAAAGCAUAUUUGAUCAUGCGAGAACAACCAUGGUGUCGAUUCGUACUUGUCUACUCAAUCUGUGCGAAUAUGCUUCGCUCACAUUAUUUCGACCACUCUGGCAUCAUCAUAUCCCUUCCUUUCAACAUUCACAAGUCUCCUGGCUCUAUAUGCCUCUGCGAUGCAUUAGCUGCCCUCACACUUCCGGAUAACCACUACCUGGGCCUUGAUCCCACUAUCCAUAUGUGUCAUGCUGCGUGCAAUGGCACCCAUGUCAAUCUUGCAGAUGGGGCAAUAGGCUGGGUGGAAGACAACAAGAAAAAUGUCUAUUCAAUCAUGGCUGUGCUGUGGAAGAGCCAUGGGUUUUUCUGCAGGGGAACAGUCUGUUAUCAUGUUAGAAACAAGGAAGGAAAGGAGUAUGCUCUGAAAGAUUGUUGGGUGGAGGAGUCGUGGGGAAUGCACAAGCCAACCGUUCUGAGGAUGCUUAAGGGUGUUCCUAACAUUGUCGAACUCAUUGAUGAUUGGGAUGUUUAUUACGAGGGGCAGCCUGAUUGCAUGGUGUGCAUUCAUGAGAAAUACGACCAGGAUCAACAAGACGACACCGCAUUCUGUAAUUGA